GAAAGUGCCUGACCGGGUGCUGGAGGAAUGCAGAGGGGUGCAGCAAUCUGCAGCAGGUCACGAGGUAAAAUGAACAAGAUGAAGAACUUCAAACGGAGGUUCUCACUCUCAGUUCCUCGGACGGAGACCAUCGAGGAGUCACUGACUGAGUUCACAGAGCAGUUCAACCAGCUCAACAACCAGAGGAAUGAGGACCUUGCCCAAGGGCACCUGCAGCUGGGACACCUGGGCAGGGACAUCAGAGCCGACCCCACAGCCAUCUCCCCAUCAGACGUGGAGGGUCAAUCCCCGAUGGCCGUGCGCUACCGCAGCAGCACCCAGCGCCGCUUCUCCACGGAGGAUGUCAGUAAGCGCCUCUCCCUGCCCAUGGACAUCCGGCUGCCCCCUGAGUUCCUGCAGAAGCUGCAGAUGGAGAGCCCAGAGUUCCCUAAGCCUCUCAGCAGGAUGUCACGGCGGGCAUCCCUUUCGGAUAUCGGGUUUGGGAAGCUGGAGACCUAUGUUAAACUGGACAAACUGGGUGAGGGCACUUAUGCCACUGUCUUCAAGGGGCGCAGCAAGCUGACAGAAAACCUUGUGGCAUUGAAGGAGAUCCGCCUGGAACACGAGGAAGGGGCUCCAUGCACCGCUAUCCGGGAAGUGUCGCUGCUGAAGAACCUCAAGCACGCCAACAUCGUGACCCUGCAUGAUAUCAUCCACACGGAGCGCUCCCUCACUCUGGUCUUCGAGUACCUGGAAAACGACCUCAAGCAGUACCUGGAUAACUGUGGGAACCUGAUGAGCGUGCACAAUGUGAAGAUCUUCAUGUUCCAGCUGCUGCGCGGCCUGUCCUACUGCCACGGGAGGAAGAUCCUGCACAGAGACCUCAAACCCCAGAACCUGCUCAUCAAUGAGAGAGGAGAGCUCAAGCUGGCUGACUUCGGUCUCGCCAGAGCCAAGUCAGUGCCAACCAAAACAUAUUCCAACGAGGUGGUGACAUUGUGGUACCGACCCCCCGACGUCCUGCUGGGAUCCACCGAGUACUCCACCCCCAUCGACAUGUGGGGCGUAGGGUGCAUCCACUACGAGAUGGUCACCGGGCGGCCCAUGUUCCCCGUCUGUUGGGUGAGCGUCCGGUGACACGUUCCCUCUUUUCAACCCCUUCCAGGAACGCCGACAGAAGAAACCUGGCCGGGGAUAACGUCCAACGAGGAGUUCAGGGCGUACAACUUCACGCAGUACCGAGCACAGCCGUUAAUUAAUCACGCCCCGAGGUUGGACUCAGACGGCAUUGAUUUGCUGAUGAACCUCCUCCUGUAUGAAGCCAAGAGCCGGAUUUCAGCAGAGGUGGCCCUGAGGCAUCCGUACUUCAAGAGCCUGGGGGAGCGGGUGCACCUCCUGCCCGACAAUGUCUCCAUCUUCUCUCUGAAGGAGAUCCAGCUUCAGAAGGACCCUGGCUACCGAGGCUCAGCCUUUCAGCAGUCAGCCCGAGGGAAGAACAGGAGGCAGAGUAUAUUUUAAACCCAGACCUCAUGUUCCCUUUGUCACCAUGGAGAUCAGCACACUGAGGAAGGAGACGGCGAUGCGCUUCCAUCCAUGAUGCUCAGCCCAGCAGGAUGGAGCUGAUGGCUCUCCCCACAUCCCCCAGCAGCUGGUGGCAAUGGACCUGUGGCCUUUUCCCCCUCUUGUUCUCACAUUGCCCCCAUCAGCUGCCACCCUAUGUGCAGGUGUAGAGCAUCCCUCCUGGGACUGGGGUCCUGCUCUGUGCUGGGGGAGCUGCUUGCUGCCUGUGGAGCUGAGCUGGGUGCAGGGAGGCUGUGUGAGCACGAAGCGGGGUCUCUGAAGCAGGACCUGUGACUGCAUUGCAUUCAGCCCAAGCAGGCAGCAUCCCACUGCUCAGACAGCCUGCAUGCAGCCUCACCCCACUGAGCCUGGCACUGAAGGAACUGCUGCUGGAGCACCAGUCCUGGGGCAGCCUUCCCAGCUGUGCCAUUGCUUAUUCCUCUGUAACGCCUUCAUCUCUGCCCAUUGUCGGUACCUGAAUCCCAAUGAGGGCAGAGCAGCCUCACCCAGCAUCCCCUCUGCUGCCAUCACAAGGGAUGGGACGUGAUUCCCAGCAGUGCACAGGAGCCUACAGCUGAAAGAACCCUGCAGUAUCACCGCACCCCAAUGCUGUGCACCCACCGCAGUGCAUUCCCCACCUGGAGGACAGGGGAGAGGUGCCAAACCUCCCCAGCUCAGCUGUGGGGACCAGAAAGAGACAUAGAGAACAGCAAACCAUCCUCCCCACGUGUAGCCAAUGUCACACCAAGCAGCUCUGAUUUAGACCCACAUCACAGGACCAAAGGGCACAUUGUGCUGGCCAUAGGACCCUGCUAGACCUACCCAAUGGAGGAUGUGCUGAUGUCCCCAACCUGCCAGCAUCCCAGGACAGACAGUGCUCAAUGGACACUAACUGCUUACACCACUUUUUCUCCAUGGAGAGGAACUGGAGCUCUAUUUUUCCCUCUCCUGGAGGAGAAAGGAGAGCCCGGGGUUCUCCAGCACUCAAUGCACUCUACUAUACGCUCCUCCUGUCAGCCCAAAGCUGUUAAGUUGGGUUUGUCCUAGACAAGCAUCCAGACGUCUGCAUUGUUUGAGGUUUGCCCAUCCCUUCUCAGUUCCCUUCUCGGUAUGUCCAGCAUACAGCAGGCUGAAUAGUUCAUUAAUUGUUUCCAUUUGAUAGGGAAGAGCAUGAAGAGCCAUCAGCCACCAGUGACGCUGAUGUGAGGGUUGGGUUGUGCCUGGUUCCCUGCACCCUGCUUGGGCUGCACGGGGCUUUUCAGCAGCAGGGUUUACAUAAGGAAGUGCUGAGCUCACGUUGUCACCUUUCCUUUCAUUAAGGUGUUUACAAUGGGGUUUUUCUGGGCACAAUAGGGAUCUGUGGUGCUUCCCAAGGCACCAAGGGCACAGAUAUGGGCAAGUCCUGCUCUUGGAAAGCCCUGACAGACCAGCUCCGUGCCCUGAGGUUGUCUUGGCCAUAAAGGGCAGAGGAAGCCUUGCUGAUCCUUCAGUGGGAGGAUGGGGCAGAGCUGUGGGGCACAGGGCUCUGCUCAUUGCUGCUUGACUGGGCCCUUGGGAACCAAUGUCCCCAGUGGAAACCAGUGUCCCCAUAGGGCAGACACCUCCAGGGUGCAGCAAGGUGACCCAUGGAACGUGAGCACACAGACAGCUCUGCUUUAUCUGCAAUCAGAUAAGGAAGACAAAGAGCCUGCUGGCUGCUGUUUGCUCUUUCACAGCCUUUGCCUUUUCUUCUCCAAGCCAGGAGAUCUUUGUGUGGAGGCACUAUAAUAUAUUUGCCCUGUGCAUGACCAGCGGGCUGCGUUUCAGAUAACCCCUUUUGUUCUGCUGCCUUUCAUGGCUAUUGGAUUCCUAUUCAGGAGGGUGAUAAAGUGCAUAAAGAUUUGGUGCCCCAUUGAGCAAGCUGUGAUGUAUAUACUGCUGCUUUGAGUCCCAGUGCCAAGAGAAGGAGGUCAGCAAAGUCUCCCCAUACACAGGGUCAGCAUCCCAUGAGAGUAUGGGGUCUGUAUGGGUUUGGGUCAGCAUCCCAUGAGGGUAUGGGGUCUGUAUGGGUUUGGGUCAGCAUCCCAUGAGGGUACUGGGGUCUGUAUGGGUUGGGUCAGCAUCCCAUUGAGGUUUACUGGGGUCUGUAUGGGUUUGGGUCAGCAUCCCAUGAGGGUAUGGGGUCUGUUUAGGUUUGGGUCAGCAUCCCACCAUGGUGCUGGUUCCAUAUGGCUUCAGAUCAGCAUCCCACAAGAGCAUGAGGUCCAUAUGGGUUCCAAGCCUUCAGUGCUGGCAAUGAAGACACGCAAUGAGCUCCCAGCUCUGCUCAGUGCUGGAGCAGCAGCUGCUUAAAGCAGCGCUGAUGAAAACACUUGCAAAUAUCUGCGGCUCUCUGGAAUUUAGUAUUAGGAUUUUUUUCCAUUUGGUGGCACCCAGCACGGAUUGGGAGCUGUUGUUUUGUCUUCCAGGCAUUAUUUGCUUUUUCUUUUGAAUGUUUUCCUACCAAUUCUGGUUGCACCCCAGGGGAAAGGCUGCAUUGCUUUGUGCACUCAGCAGCUCUGGUCUGUGCAUGGCUCUUGCUGUGCUUUUGCAUUCCCUAUUGGUCAGAAUUAAGGGCAGCACCCGUUGCUGCAGUACAGGUGGGAUGCAGCACAGAAACAGCUUGUGCAGCAGGAAAACGUGUCCCAGAGAGCUCAGGGUCCCACUGUGAGCAUCGCCUGGUGUGCUCCAUUUGCAGAAUAGGGCUGGCCGUACCGUUGUAUGAAUGGAAGAUGUGUUUGAAAAGGUUUAUUCCUAAUAGAAGCAAUGAUUUGGGGUUUUUUUUAUAUGUAUAUAUAUAGAGAGAGAGCAUUUUUCUGGACUAAAUGGAAAGGUGCAAAAAAACCCAACAACUAAAAGGAAUAAAAGGCUGUGCCCAUCGAUCAAC